AGGAGAUGAACACACACGCUCGCAAUGUCGCCAACAUAACUCCUCCGAGAGACGGUCUUCACCCCGAAGGCGGCCCACCACAACCAACGCGCUUGCCUUGGCGAAGGGGAAGUGUGCUGGUACGUUCGCGUUCCGUCAUUUGUUUGAGAAAUGACGUCAGCGGCCAGCAUGCUAAGCUAGCUACUAGCAUGGCUGUGGAUGUGUCACAGCCUAGCGCCGAUCGUUCACGUGGUGGGUCGCUGCAAUUUGAGCGCCCAGUUUGGCGGAAGAAAAAAGGCGCACUUCUGUCAUCCAGUGGAGAUAAACAACACUGCUCAGCGGUUAUGAAGUUGGUCUAAGGGUAAACGUCAUUGUCCAAUCUUGAGCUGGGUCCAUACCGUUGGAGCAUGAGGAAGCCUAUGCCACAGAAAGCUAUAGAGUGGAAAGAUGCAAGAAAGAUUAAGCAUACCCGCAGUGGACGGCCCACACUGUAUCAAGGACAUUUCAGUUGGGAUAAGUAUCUAAAAGAGACGGGCACCAGUGCUGCACCCGCACAAUGCUUCCGACAGAGCCUUACGCCCCCACUCAAUGAGUUCAAAGCGGGCAUGAAGCUGGAGGCGCAGGACCCACGGAACACCAGGUCUACUUGCAUCGCCACCGUGGUGGGCCUGACAGGGUCACGGCUGCGCCUCCGCCUGGAUGGCUCGGACAACAAGAAUGACUUCUGGCGCCUGGUGGACUCGUCAGAAAUCCAACCCAUCGGCUACUGCGAGAAGAACGGGGGCAUGCUGCAGCCGCCGCUCGGUUUUCGUCUUAAUGCAUCAUCCUGGCCUAUGUUUCUAUUGAAGACACUAAAUGGGGCUGAGAUGGCGCCUCCUCGCAUCUUUCACAAGCAGGAGCCUCCCACUCCGGAGCAAAACUUCUUCCAAGUGGGUAUGAAGCUGGAGGCGGUGGACCGCAAAAACCCUCACUUCAUUUGCCCGGCAACAGUGGGCGCCCUCCGCGGAGUGGAGGUACUGGUCACCUUCGACGGCUGGCGGGGGGCCUUCGACUACCACUGCCGCUACGACUCUAGGGACAUCUUCCCGGUCGGCUGGUGCACGCUCACCGGGGACAACCUGCAGCCGCCUGGAACCAGAGCAGUGUUGCCAAAGGGUAUCGGACCCCUAACAGACCGAGCAGUGGAAAAUCAAGCCAUGCCAACACCAACCGUUGGAGACAGACCUCCCAGACAAAGGGGGCGUAAACCCGGGCGCAGGAAAACCAAGGGGGCUUGGAAUCAGAAGACCUCAGGGGCGUUAGGACCAACGAGCGUGCAGGCUACCAAAGACCUUGAACCCAUUAAGAUCCCCAAGAAACGUGGGCCCAAGCCUGGACGUAAGUUGAGUUGGGUAAAGAAAGCCGACUGGCUAAAAGACGCCAUGGCAGGACCCGGGCGGCCAGCUGCAGGUCCAGGACGACCCCGCGGAAGAUUGCCGGACAACUGGGCCCAAAGGAUAGCCCUUCAGCAGCCCCAGGCCUCACCUAUCAAGAUCCCCCAAAAAAGAGGGCCCAAACCUGGCAGCAAGAGAAAACCUCGCCUGGUACCUAACCCAGUCCCCACGUCUCCAACCAGCAGCAUGCCAGAGCCUGACACCAGCACCAUCAUCCUCGACAACGCCACCAUCCCCAACUCUGCACUACAAGCCCCCACAGUUUGUGUUUACCUAAACAAGUAUGGCAAAGUGGGACCCCAUCUGGACCAGCGACGUGUCCAGAAGCUCCCAGACCACUUCGGGCCAGGUCGCGCGUCCUCCGUGCUUCAGCAGUGUGUACAAGCUUGCAUGGACUCCGCCCAUAACCAGGCGACCGUCUUCUCCUGCCUCAAGCCCGGCCAGGGGGGCGAGGUGGUUUCAGCCGUCUUCAAUCAGCAGCACCACACGCUGACGCUGCCCACCGUCGGCAGCGUCACGUACGCCCUCCGCUUCCUGGAAAAGCUCUGCCACAACCUCCACUGUGACCCCCUGUUUGGCAGUCAGCCUGUGGCCAGAGAAAGCCUGCACUACGACGGACGCACCUACACUACAGACAGUGGAAGUUUGGGAGAUAACCUGACGACGGGUUCUGGGCAAGGCACCAAGAGGCUCCUGCAGGACUCUAACACCAGUAUCCGAUCCUCAAAACUGGCCAAGAUUUCCCGUCCAUCGAUUGAUGGAGAAUGCUUGGAGAGCAGUGUCAUGGCGGAAGCAGAGCACUUAAAGAAGAGACCCCUCUCUCCCAAAUCUUUGACGCAGAAGUCUGCGGUGCGGCAGGUCAGCUCGUCAGGCUCUGGCAGUUUUCGGGAGAGCCCCAAGCCCAGCGGUCAGGACCCCAACCUUUGGAGCGUAGAGGAAGUCAUGCAGUACAUCCGGGACAUCGACCCCGUGCUGGCGCCGUACGCCGACCUGUUCAGGAAACACGAGAUUGACGGCAAAGCGCUGCUGUUGCUGCGCAGCGACGUGAUGAUGAAGUACAUGGGCCUGAAGCUGGGCCCCGCCCUCAAGCUCACCUUUCACAUCGACAAGCUCAAAAGGGCGUGAGGGGAGGACCCGACGAGCAGUAUUUCGGCACACGUGACGCCCGACGCCACAUCUCAUCAGCCUCAUCUAAUGAGGGCCUUUUUUAUUCCGCGUAGCACACCCCAGCCUCGAGGCAGCAUGCUUUUUAUUCCCUUUAUGUCCACCAGCAUUUCAACCGGAACAAGGCAUAUUUUUACAUGGCCCAUUUUUUUGUACUGUUACAUUUUGUACAUUUCACCUUUUUCUACUUGAAUUUCGCCUUCUUAAAUGAUGAAAUCACUACAUGAAUCCCAAUAAUUGGGAAUGCUUUUUUACACGGGUCUCUUUUUGAGGCUCGCACAACAACAUCACAUUUGUAUGACUAAAUGAUCAUCUGAAAACAAUCCUUGAGAAUAUUUCCAUGAAAAAGUAUUUCUUGUUAUUGAUGUCGAUUACGUCGUAAGUUUUGUUGUUUGUACUUUUUUUAAAAUUGUUUUGAUACUAUAUUAUUAUAACGGUUCCUACCUAAAGAGGACUAUCAUGUGUAACAAUGUUCACUACAUAAAUAAUGGAGGAACUUUUAA